CUUUCUCCGCAGGGCUGGGCGGGGCUGGCAGCACGUGGGGAGAGUAGGGGGCGCCCAUGUGACCGGCCUUUCCGCCUCCCCAGCCGCCUGCCUGCCUGCCUCCCCUCCUCAGCUCUGCUCAGCUCGCGCUCUUGAAGCGGUGGGAAGAGGAGCGCCACUCAGAUUUCUGCUCCACAGGCAGUCGCGGGCGCCGACAUCACCACCGCCACAGGGACCCGGCAUCAUGGCUUCUGGAGUAACAGUGAAUGAUGAAGUUAUCAAAGUUUUUAAUGACAUGAAAGUACGAAAAUCUUCAACGCCAGAAGAGAUUAAGAAAAGAAAGAAAGCAGUUCUCUUCUGUUUAAGUGGUGACAAAAGACAAAUAAUUGUAGAAGAAUCAAAGCAGAUACUAGUUGGUGACAUUGGUGACACAGUGGAGGACCCAUACACGUCCUUUGUGAAGCUGUUGCCUCUGAAUGAUUGCCGAUAUGCUUUGUAUGAUGCAACAUAUGAAACAAAGGAGUCUAAAAAAGAAGACCUGGUAUUUAUAUUCUGGGCUCCAGAAAGCGCCCCUUUAAAAAGCAAGAUGAUCUACGCAAGCUCUAAAGAUGCCAUUAAAAAGAAAUUCACAGGUAUUAAACACGAGUGGCAAGUAAAUGGCUUGGAUGAUAUUAAAGAUCGUUCAACACUUGGAGAGAAAUUAGGAGGCAAUGUGGUAGUUUCACUUGAAGGAAAACCAUUAUAAAAGGACAGACAAGUGCCAUCUGGAGCUUCCGUUUCUGCAGCUCAUUCAAUUGGAAUAGCAUUAGUCCCUUUUACCUCACCCACCUGGACCCUGCACACCUGAAGGAGAUAUCAUUAAAUUAAGCAGUCUACCAAUGAUUGCCAUUUGACUGUUUUUAAACCUGAUAGUUUUAUGUAGAACCCAAGGAAUGCCUUUACAUCAUACUCUUAGAGAAAAUUUAUGAUGUGGUAUUCUUUGAAAAUGUGUAGAAUGAAUGUGAUAGGUGAUGUGGAUAGUCU